CACAUGUUUUACUGGCAUUUUCAGUCCUAGUUCAGUCCUGGUCUAGUCCUGGUCUAGUCCUGGUCAUGGCCCUCACAGCUCUGGUCCUGCUCUGGUUCAUCUAUAGUUUGGGGGUCCUGGCAGAAGACAACAGCUCAGAGCCGCUCAGGUUGGUGGGAGGAGCCAGUCGCUGUGCUGGGACUGUGGAGGUGAAACACAGAGGAGAGUGGGGACGAGUGAAUCUCUUUGGAUUCUGGGACCAGAAGGACACAGCUGUUGUGUGCAGAGACCUGGACUGUGGCUCUGCUGUUUAUGGAAAACAGAGAGAUGAUUUUCCACAGAGUCGUGUGUGGAGGGUCUCAUCUGACUGUGUGAAGGAGUCUUCAGUGAGAGAAUGUGUCUGGGGUUCAUCUUCUUCCUCUUCCUGGGGUGUGGAGGUGAAGUGUUCAGACUCGGUGCGGUUUGUCUCGGGGUCCGGUCUGUGUUCAGGAUCAGUGCAGAUCUGGGACGGGUCCUGGACCGGGGUCUGUGACGGGGACUUGGACCAUCGGGGGGCAGGGGUGCUGUGCAGGGAGCUGGGCUGUGGGGCUCCUUCUCUCCUCCAGGGGGCGCUCUCUCCUCUGGGGCAGACGUUCCACUGUGAGGGACAUGAGUCUGCUCUGAUGGACUGUCCCCGCUCCAACUCAAGGACCUGCUCCUCUGGAGCCACUGUCAACCUCACCUGUUCAGAGCCGCUCAGGUUGGUGGGAGGAGCCAGUCGCUGUGCUGGGACUGUGGAGCUGAAACACAGAGGAGAGUGGAGACGAGUGGAGUCCUUUGGACGCUGGGACCAGGAGGCCACAGUUGGUGUGUGCAGAGACCUGGACUGUGGCUCUGCUGUUUAUGGAGAACACAGAGAUGAUUUUCCACAGAGUCGUGUGUGGAUGGUCUCACCUGACUGUGUGAAGAAGUUUUCAGUGAGAGAAUGUGUCUCUGAUUCAUCUUCUUCCUCUUCCUGGGGUCUGGAUGUGAAGUGUUCAGACUCGGUGCGGUUGGUCUCGGGGUCCGGUCUGUGUUCAGGAUCAGUGCAGAUCUGGGACGGGUCCUGGACCGGGGUCUGUGACGGGGACUUGGACCAGCGGGGGGCAGAGGUGCUGUGCAGGGAGCUGGGCUGUGGGGCUCCUUCUCUCCUCCAGGGGGCGCUCUCUCCUCUGGGGCAGACGUUCCACUGUGAGGGACAUGAGUCUGCUCUGAUGGACUGUCCCCGAUCCAACUUAAGGACCUGCUCCACUGGAGCCACUGUCAACCUCACCUGCUCAGAGCCGCUCAGGUUGGUGGGAGGAGCCAGUCGCUGUGCUGGGACUGUGGAGGUGAGAGUCAGAGGAGAGUGGAGACGAGUGGAGUCCUUUGGACGCUGGAACCAGGAGGCCACAGUUGGUGUGUGCAGAGACCUGGACUGUGGCUCUGCUGAUUAUGGAGAAAAGAGAGAUGAUUUUCCACAGAGUCGUGUGUGGAGGGUCUCACCUGACUGUGUGAAGAAGUUUUCAGUGAGAAACUGUGUCUCUGAUUCAUCAUCUUCUUCUUCCUCGGGUCUGGAGGUGAAGUGUUCAGACUCGGUGCGGUUGGUCUCGGGGUCCGGUCUGUGUUCAGGAUCAGUGCAGAUCUGGGACGGGUCCUGGACCGGGGUCUGUGACGGGGACUUGGACCAGCGGGGGGCAGAGGUGCUGUGCAGGGAGCUGGCCUGUGGGGCUCCUUCUCUCCUCCAGGGGGCGCUCUCUCCUCUGGGACAGACGUUCCACUGUGAGGGCCAUGAGUCUGCUCUGAUGGACUGUCCCCGCUCCAACUCAAGCACCUGCUCCUCUGGAGCCACUGUCAACCUCACCUGUUCAGAGCUCAGGUUGGUGGGAGGAGCCAGUCGCUGUGCUGGGACUGUGGAGCUGAAACACAGAGGAGAGUGGAGACGAGUGGAGUCCUUUGGACGCUGGAACCAGGAGGCCACAGUUGGUGUGUGCAGAGACCUGGACUGUGGCUCUGCUGUUUAUGGAAAACAGAGAAAUGAUUUUCCACAGAGUCGUGUGUGGAGGGUCUCACCUGACUGUGUGAACGGAGUUUUCAGUGAGAGAACUGUGUCUCUGAUUCAUCUUCUUCUUCUUCCUGGGAGUGAUGAUGUCACAUGUGUGUCCACAGACUCGGUGCGGUUGGUCUCGGGGUCCGGUCUGUGUUCAGGAUCAGUGCAGAUCUGGGACGGGUCCUGGACCGGGGUCUGUGACGGGGACUUGGACCAGCGGGGGGCAGAGGUGCUGUGCAGGGAGCUGGACUGUGGGGCUCCUUCUCUCCUCCAGGGGGCGCUCUCUCCUCUGGGGCAGACAUUCCAUUGUGAGGGCCAUGAGUCUGCUCUGAUGGACUGUCCCCGCUCCAACUCAAGGACCUGCUCCUCUGGAGCCACUGUCAACCUCACCUGCUCAGAGCCGCUCAGGUUGGUGGGAGGAGCCAGUCGCUGUGCUGGGACUGUGGAGGUGAGAGUCAGAGGAGAGUGGAGACGAGUGGAGUCCUUUGGACGCUGGGACCAGGAGGCCACAGUUGGUGUGUGCAGAGACCUGGACUGUGGCUCUGCUGUUUAUGGAAAACAGAGAAAUGAUUUUCCACAGAGUCGUGUGUGGAGGGUCUCAUCGGACUGUGUGACGGAGUCUUCAGUGAGAGAAUGUGUCUCUGAUUCAUCUUCUUCUUCUUCCUCGGGUCUGGAGGUGAAGUGUUCAGACUUGGUCCUGAAUCGUCCAAUCAUCUCCGUGUCUGUGAGUGACGGGGCGUCCGAGCUCCAGCCUCAGGGGGUGCGGGUGCAGCUGGGCUCAAAGUUCAGGGUCAAAUGCUCUGUGGAGCCACAGUACCCGGGAGGCUCCUUCCGGCUCCUCUCUCCCGCCGCGCCCCCCGCUCAGAACCGCACCUUGCCCGCCGUCAAUCACUCUGCCUACUUCCUGUUCUCUGACGCUGACCACGCCCACAAAGGAAACUACACCUUGAAGAAUCUUGGAGUGAUUGUGGACUCCAUGUUCAAACUGGACAAGCACAUUAGAGCUGUGAUUAAGUCCAGCUUCUUUCAGUUAAGGCUCCUCACUAAAGUCCGGGCCAGAAGGGGCGCCAGAGAGAGGACCUCAGAGGACCUGGAGACAGACCAGAUCAGCUCCACCUGA